GCCAUGCGGCCAUUUGCCUCCCGAAUCUCAACACCACACCGUGUCCUUUCCGUUUCGCUUCUCUCAUGGACGGUCGUCCACCCUAAUCACCCAUUACUCUCAUUCUUCCAUAUCCUUUCCAAACCGCCAUCUGCAUUUCUCCGGCAAACACAAAAUGCACCCCAUCUCCCUCCUCUCCCUCCUCCUCUUCUCCUCCGCCCUCCCGACCCCCGCCUCGGCCCUCCGCUCCUCCAACGCCCAGAAAAUAAAACUCUCCAAUGUCCAAAGCCUCACCCUCCGAAAAGACAAAAUGACGUCCCACCGCCGCGUCCCCGCCAUCCCCCAACUCCGCUGCGUCGGCGGCUCCGCCAAAGGCCUCUACGAGGUCGACAUCAUGCGCUGCAAGAACGAAGGGUCCGACUAUGCGAGCGAGGAUAUCCAGUGGGCGUGUACGGCGUCGCUGCCUGAGGAGUUUAAGCUGGGUUCUACGGAUGUGAUUUGCGAAGGGUAUGAUUCUCCCGAUGAUGAGUAUGUGCUCAAGGGGAGUUGUGGGGUCGAGUAUCGGUUGGUCUUGACGGAGAAGGGGAGGGAGAAGUAUGGUGGAGGUCAUAAGGGGGGCUGGUGGGGUGAUGAUGAUGAUGACCGGUAUGAUGGGCCGAAGACAUUUGGGGAGAGGGUCGCGAAUGCCGUGUUUUGGAUGGUGUUUUUAGGCGUCGCGGGGUGGAUUGUAUAUUCGGCCUUCAUUGGGUGGGCGAGGGGACGAGGUGUGAACGAUCCCGGAGUAUAUCGUCCUGGAUGGGGCGGCGGAGGAGGUGGAGGCGGAGGCUGGGGCGGACCGGACGACCCUCCACCUCCGUACGAUUGGCAGCCUCCUCGGAACAACCGCAAACCUGGCUAUGGGUCGACCGAAAGUUGGAGGCCUGGAUUCUGGUCGGGUGCACUAGGAGGAGCGGCGGCUGGAUAUGCGGCUGCUCGCGCUGCAAACAGGAAUAAUACCGGCUCGGGGUGGGGGUUUGGAAACAGUAACAGUCGCUGGGGCGGAUAUGAUAAUGGGGAGGGGAGCUCGAGGUCGAGGGCGUCGUCCAGCUCUCCGAGCCAUUCGUCGACGAGGCAUGAAAGUACUGGGUUUGGCUCGACGUCGCGGAGAUAGAGAUGCAUGGUGAUAUUUUCCCGUGGUUCAAAGAAUGAUACCCUGUUUAUGUGCUUUUGCAAUGACGUAUGCAAUGUACUUUUGAAUGUAUUGGAACACUGUAAAAGAAUAUGACUAGCUG